AUGAGUCCCUUCAACUACAUCGAACUCACACAAACCUUCGAAUACUCCAACAACACCCACAACUAUAAAAUUUGCUGGACAUCCCUCGGUGACACAAAAUCCCCUCCAUUAAUCUUCGUUCACGGCACACCCUGGUCGUCCAAAGUCUGGAGCGUCUACGCCCAGUCACUCGCGAAGUAUUUCCAUGUCUAUCUCUUCGACAAUCCCGGUUUCGGCACAAGCCCACUUGGCCAACCUCUACCCGGAAAGGAAAAUGAGAUUACGACAGAAGUUGCGUUAGACGCAGAUCUAUCAGGACAGUCAGAAGCUUUUGCCGCGCUCUACCGAUACUGGUCGACAAGCUGGGGAUCCAGAAAAGCACAUGUUAUCGCACAUGACCAUGGCGGACUAAUGAGUCUCCGGGCGCAUAUAAUCCACGGGUGUGAAUUUGCCAGCCUGUGUCUGAUCAAUGUGGUUGCGUUGGGACCCUUUGGACAACCAUUGUUUAAGUUGAUCGCUGAGAAUGAGGAGGUAUUUAAAGCCUUGACGGGACCUGUUUUUGAGGGUGUUGUUGAGUCUUAUAUUCGGGAUGCGGCAUGCUCGGAUUUGUCGAAGGAAACUAUGGACAUGUUGAAGAGUCCAUGGAUCUCGAGUGAGGAGGGAAGGAGGGGAUUUGUGAGGCAGAUGGUGCAGGCGAAUAGUCGCAGCACGGAGGAGGUUGAGGGUAGGUAUCCAGACGUUGGUAAGGCUAUGCCUGUCAGGAUUAUCUGGGGAAAAGAGGAUCGAUGGAUUCCGGUUGAUACCGCGUUCAGACUGGGUGAGAAUUUAAAUGCGCAAGAUGUUGUGUUGAUUGAUGGAGCCGGUCACCUGGUGAUGUAUGAUCAGGAAGGCAAGCUAGGCGUGGAGUUGGGAUGGUGGCUGAGUCAGGUGAAUUGUUGA